AUGUCUUCAGACCAGCCUCAAGUACCUGCAGGCAUUGUUCGGACAUCUCACACCUCUCUCCUCCCCAAACCCAACCCGUGGUCCGUUCGCGCCGUGCUCAAGGAUCUCCCGAACCCGCCAGCAGAAAACACCUCCUCCCCCGUGUCGUUCUUUCACUAUGUCGAGCGACUGAAGGUUGAAAAGCGCGAAGGCUGGCGCCGAUUCGGCAUUGCCCACGGAGAAUCGAUCGCAGAUCACAUGUACCGCAUGUCGUUGAUCACGAUGCUUGCCCCGCCGGCAUUGAGUUCCCGACUGGAUAUCCCUCGAUGUACGAAGAUGGCUUUGAUCCAUGACAUGGCUGAAGGCCUGGUGGGUGACUUGACUCCUGUGGACGGCGUGCCCAAGGUCGAGAAGAGCAGACGCGAGGGUGAGACCAUGGAUUGGGUUGCGGAGUCGUUGCUCGGUAAAGUCCACGGCGGGGUCCCCGGGAAAGAGAUCCGCGCCAUUUGGCAGGAAUACGAGGACAGCGAGACCGAGGAGUCCAAGUUCGUCCAUGAUGUCGACAAGGUCGAGCUGAUCCUGCAGAUGGUCGAGUAUGAGCGGGCCAGCAACUGCACUAUCGACCUCAGCGAGUUCAGUUGGGUCGCGAGGAAGAUAUUUCUUGCGGAGAUGAAGGCUUGGGCGCAGGAGAUUCUGGAUGAGCGGUCCAACCUGUGGCAGAGCAAGGACUUGAAGCCGCGGGAGCCUACGGCGGCGGCGACAAUCAAGGAGCAACAGAAUCAGUACUAUGGCAACGGGAAGACGGAGAUCAAUGGGUCACAAGUCACGAACGGACACGUGGAAUCGUGA